AUGAAUUCUGUACCUCCAAUUCCAAUUGAUUCUAUACCGCAAAGACAACCAUCAGGGAUGGGGGCGAGCGUUCAAGUGUAUAUAGAUAACUUUGUGAAAAGCAAAGAGCUUCCACCGCCUUCACAAAAGGCUGCAGUAUUCCAAUAUCUAGAUAAACUCAGGAUAGAUGCAGCAGCGAGUCGUAUGUACAAAGAUGCUGCCAAAUACCAACAAAUUUCAAAAGAUAUGCAGCAAGCUUAUUUCGUUGAACGCGAAAUGGAGAAAAUGCGAACGACAUCAAGGAGAAUUUCAACAGCAAGAAGUGCGCUCCAAACAAAAAUAUCAUCAAAUACGCAACAAUAUAACACAGAAAUAGAAAAUUAUAAAAAUAAACGAAUGAAAGAACUUCAAAAAAUUAAAGAAUCUCAUGAAGAGCAACUUCAAGAGUUCAGUAAUCAUUGGAAGGACCCAAAAACAAUGCUAGAAUUCGCAAAACCGUCUCCUCAACUACUAAAUCUUCGUAAUAUAGAAAAGAAACAAGUAAUUCUCGGAGAUUACCAAGGGGCCGAAAUUGUACGCCAGAGAGCAGUUGAUUUAGAAAAAAUUGAAACUAAAAAUGCAAAUAAUCGAGCUAUCGCAAAAAUGAAUGUAGAUUAUCAAAAUUUGUUGCGCAAACAACAAGCAGAAAUCGAUAAUUUCAACAAAAGGACAGAAUUGCAGAUUCAAUUCUUUGAAUCUCAAAAAAAUUCUUCUGUUGCAGCGAUUUCAACGCAAAUCCGCCUCAAUUCUACAGAUCCUCCUAGACACACAAGAAAACGAAAGAUUUCUUAUGAUCAAAUCUACCAAAAAUCAAAAGCUCGUCCAAAAUCAGAAAUAGAAGAAAUGGAACCUGAAAUAACUUUGGCAACACCAAGAACUUUCUCAAAGAUGAUGGAGAUAAGAUCUAUAAGCCAGGGAAGACAAUUAGACCUUGAUGGAAUCGAUAUAACACAACAUAUUAAGAAACCUGUAAGAAUGCAUUAG